GGAGCGGUGGAAGCAUCCCGAGCACCGGGAGCGGUGGGAGCAGCCCGAGCACCGGGAGCACCCUGAGCACCGGGAUGCAGAGCGCGCUGGUCCUGGCGGUGCGGCACGGCGGGCGCACGGAGCGGGGCGGCCGCCGCCGCAGCGAGCCGGAGGAGGCCGACAAGGGCAGGAUGAAGAGAACGAUCAUUAAAGAUUGGAAAACAAAGUUGAGCUACUUCCUUCAGAACUCUUCCAAUUCUAACAAAAGGAAAUCUAAGAAGGCAGGGAAGCACCGCAACUACUUCAGACCUUCCCCUGAAGAGGCCCAGCUGUGGUCAGAAGCCUUUGAUGAACUUCUUGCUAACAAAUAUGGUCUUGCUGCUUUCCGAGCUUUUUUGAAGUCUGAGUUUUGUGAAGAGAACAUUGAGUUCUGGUUGGCCUGUGAGGACUUUAAGAAAACUAAAUCACCCCAAAAGCUGACAUCAAAAGCAAAGAAAAUCUACAAUGACUUCAUUGAAAAGGAGGCUCCCAAAGAGAUAAAUAUCGACUUCCAGACCAAGAGCAUGAUUGCACAGAACAUCCAGGAAGCCACCCAUACCUGCUUCAGCGCAGCCCAGAAGAGAGUUUACAGCUUAAUGGAGAAUAACUCCUACCCACGCUUUUUGGAGUCUGAAUUCUACCAGGAACUGUGCAAGAAGACACCUAUCAGCAGAGCAGCCCAGGGCACAUGAGUGAUGGAGAGGAGGGAGAAGCAGCCUCUGGGCUGGCGAGGAAGCCAAGCCACGGCUCACGAGCAGCAUCCUGACCCGAAAGGCUGGAGCACUGAGCACUCAGUGUGUUUGCCACAGUGCAAGGACAAACGCUGCCUCGGGUGCAGAGCUGCUGGCCCAGAGUGCCGCUGUUGGAGGGUGUUCAGGGGAGCUGGCAGCAGUGGCAGCCAGCUGCAGGCUCUGCCCUUCCCUGCAGCGAGAGGUGGCCGUGCAGGAGCCCUUCUGUCACUGCCCAGGAGCAAUGCGGCAGGUCCGGACAGAGCUUCCUUCUUGGGAACAGAAGCUGCUCUCUGCACUUGGGCACUGCUGGGAACUUGAGUAAUUGCCUAUUUAUUUUUCCUAAACAUCCCCCAGCGCCGCUGUUGUCAGGCUCGGUGUGCUCACACCGGUUCUGUUGCUGCCUGGAGCUGCCAAGAGCUGUGCUGGGUUUCUGUGCAAGCUCCUCACAGUAACAGCACUGUGAGGGGAGGAAGGGAUAGAAUAACUCUGUUCCCAGAGGAACAGGUUCUGCAGCUGAAGUAUGCAGGGCUGGGUUGUGUCAGCAGGGCUGUGCGGGGCCAGACUGAGGGCAGAACUUGGCCAAGGCGAACAGGAGCUGUAUAGUAUUAUAUUUAUAUGUGGAUUAUGAUUGUGUUGAAUGCUGCAAUGUCAUAAUUCUGUCUUGAAGACAGCAAGCUUCAGUGAAGUAUUGUUUUUAAUAAACUAUUUUGAUACAAAG